AUUUAACUGUCGGGUUUUGGUGGUUUCUCUCACGACAAAGUGCGGGUCUUUCUUUCUCGAGAUUCCACUACACAUUCAUCUUUCCAGCGCCUUAACCCCAGAGGAUGGACUCCAUCGCCGAAGCCUUAGGGAAACUGUGUGUCAGGAUAGUCUAUGGACCUGAUGCCAAUAUUCCAAAAUCCAUAACUCGCCGCCGAAAAGAAAAUGCGCCCAAGUCGCUUCCCCACAAACGAGCCCGCAGUUUGAGCAUAUCAGAUGACAAUAAGCAAGGACCAUUGCUCAUCAAGAUUCAGACUCAAGACAAAAAGAUCUUCAAAAAGCAGCAAUAUUUCUCUCUUCAGACACAAUCUGGCCUGCUUGCGUUCCUCCCACCCGAAAUCCGUGUCCAAAUUUGGCGCUAUGUCAUUGCUUCUUUCGACUUACAUAUUGUUCGGGCAGCAAAGACGUUGUGGGCCAUUGAAUGCGCCGGGGAAGGCAUGGCCCAACGUCCAUUAUGCUUCCACGAUUGCUGGGGUGUAUCUGACAGGCCCUUUGCCGGAUAUCACGGCACUACCCCGGGCUACUGCUAUAGUACUCGUGGAUAUGCUAAGUUUCGCGAUGGAAUUUCCUUGCUGCAGACAUGUCGCUUAGUCCAACAUUCUGUACCAAGAAAAUACAUUUCUCUUCAAUCAUGCGAAUACAUGGAACGAGACCUGCCAAUUGCUGGCGAGCAUUUCGGGCCUAAAAGAGCAGUACAUCCACCUCGGAGGAUGGAGCCUGGUACAUGAAAUUCAUAACGUCCUCGAGCCCCUUCACCAAAUCCGGCAGACAGAUGUUUUCAAUGUACGGGUCAGCAUGACGCCAGACCCCGAGGGAAAGUAUCAAGUUAAAGACAAACCGUUCCAUUUUGUUCCUGAUAGAUAUGAAGGGCUUGAAGACGGAAUUUGCUGUUAAUCCUUCGGCUUUAUAAGGCGUAUCUGGCUGGUAUUGUGUACGACCGAAGGUUAAGGUGUCUAGUGAAGGGCGGGCCCUUUAGAUAGUCACUUGGUUGGGGUUUCAUGAACUAUGUUUGUACUGGUCUUUCU